AUGGGUGUAACCACAACCGACAACGACGAACAAGGAGCAAGUGAAAUGGCAGCUGCGAAACCAAAAGAACGACAAUUCCAGGUUGUCCCUGUUCCAGGGACUUUUACUCGCGGACGUUGGAAAUGUUGGGAUUAUAAGGAUAAAACAUCGGAAACUGGUGCAGUUAUUGAUUUUACAGAUAAAUCAGACAAACAUUCGUUAUCAAUCAGUAUUGGCGAAAAUCCUGUUGGAUGUCGAAUUUUCGUUCCCCACGGCCAAACAGAUACAAUAAAUCAUACAAUAAGUGAACCAUAUUUGAUUCCAACAAGUGAUACGAGCAGCGCAGCAAUAUCACAAGCGAUUGAUGUAUCGAAUGUGGGAAAAGAAUCCAGUACAAUCGUUGUUACAUCUAUUGCUCCUCCAUCGGCAACUCCAGUACAUGGUACUCCAUCUUCAGCUAGUAUUUCUCCUGUGAUCAGUAAUGUAACUAUUGCUGAAACUAAGGGGAAAAUCCCAGAUCAAGAAAAUUUAUUAUCACUACAGACUACAGCGUCGUCACCCGUUCUUAACAUUGGAGGAGUGGCACCAGCUCAUACACCCCAGAUCUACCGGACGCCAUCCGCUACCACUUCUUAUCUGCAACCCCUAUCGGAAAUUCCCGAUAAUGUGGUUCAACCAUCAUUUACUGCCGAACCGGUUGCAACAAAUGUACCGCUUGCUGCAACUGAAACAGAUGAUCCGUAA